AACAACGUCCUGCAAUCGUCCUGGAGCACCCGGCCCAUGAGCGCCCUGGGCUACACGAUGGGAGCCAGGACGGCCCCGCGCUUCCAGCAGAGGGCUCAGGCAUGUGGAAUUUUGGAUGGCAACAUGCAAUUUUGGGGGCAAAUGUAGAAUUUCGGGAGGGAAUGAGGUGGAAUUUAGGUGGGAAUGAGGUGGAAUUUCGGGAGGGAACGAGGUGGAAUUUUGGGCUGGGUCCUCCAAAUCCAAACCCAAUCCCAACCCCUGUGUCCUCCAAAUCCAAAUUCAAAUCCAAAUCCAAUCCCUGUGUCCCUCCAAGCCCUGGAUCCCUCAGCUCCAGCUCCUGUGUCCUCCAAAUCCAACCCUUGGGUGCUCCAAAUCCAAAUCCGAAUCCAAAUCCAAUUCCUGUGUCCUCCAAAUCCAAAUCCAAAUCCAGCCCCUGUGUCCUCCAAAUCCAAAUUCAAAUCCAAUUCCUGUGUCCUCUAAAUCCAAAUCCAGUCCUUGGGUCCCCACAUCCAACCCCUGUGUCCUUCAAAUCCAACCCCUGGGUUCCUCCAAAUCCAAAUCCAAAUCCAAAUCCAAAUCCAAUCCCUUGGUCCUCCAAAUCCAAAUUCAGCCCCUGUGUCCUCCAAAUCCAAAUUCAAAUCCAAUUCCUGUGUCCUCCAAAUCCAAAUUCAAAUCCAAUUCCUGUGUCCUCCAAAUCCAAAUCCAUCCCUGUGUCCCCCAGCCCCUCCAAGCCCUGGCUCUCUCAGCCCCUCAGCAAUGAAAUCCCCCCAGAGCAGAGCCCGAAGCCCCCCGGACCAUUCCCAAGGGUUCUCCUGGCCCAGGGCAGUGAGCAGAGGGAGAGCAGGGUGGGAGUGGGCCCAGAGACCCCUCCUGAGGGGAAUUUCGGGAACCGUUUCCUUCACUUCUUCCUGCGGAUUUUGGGUUUCUUGACGGGCCUCAGGUAGGGGUUGUCGAUGACGUUCUCGUCGCCGUUCCUGCUGCCCGCCAGGGAGCUGCUCUGCUGCAGCACCGAGCUGUUCUCCUUCUCGGCCCCCGCCUCGUCCUGCCACGGAAAAAACACCACAAAAACCACCGAGUCAGCUGUUGGGGAUUGUCACAGACAUUUUUUCAUAGAAAUCCUUUCUUUC